UUGAUUAUCAAGGUAAAGAUCGCCCUUGUCGGUCCUCUUUCUGAAAUCCCGGGCCCCGCUAUAGGGCGAUGGACAACAUUAGUUCUCAAGUACCACACCCUAUCGGGUCGACGCAUGCAAUACCUCGAUGCUUUGUUCGUAAAAUAUGUUCGUGUGAGUCCGACCGAGGUUGGUAUCAAUGAUCCUGAAGCAGUCAAAGUCAUCCAGAAAGUAGCAGGUGGCUUCAAAAAGUCGGCUUGGUAUGACAAGACUGGUCCCGGGAUGCUUGGAAUGAGAGACUCUCAAAAGCACUCGCGUCGUCGUCAACUGCUCGCACACCCCCUUAGCAACUCCUCUUUAUCAGCAUAUGAGCCACUCGUGCGGGCCAAGGUUGAUUUAGCUUUGGACCAGAUGGAGAAGGAAUACAGAAAGCUAGGAUAUACCGACUGCUAUAAAUGGUUAAAUUUCAUGGCCAAUGACAUUAUUGGCGACUUGACAUUUGGAAGCUCAUUCAAAAUGCUAGAGCAGGGAAAAACGAGUCAAUACGUCGAAGACCUCCAGGCUGUUAUGCCCACAGUCCACAAACGGAUCGAGCUAGCGCCAUUCUUCGAUCUCAUGUUUCUACUUCCGAUUCCCCGGAUCAAAAAGUUCUUGGAGACGUUUCAACGUAUCAAUAGAUACGGAGAAGAAUCGCUCCGGCGUCUACAGCUAUCUCAGCAAGCAGGCUCGCUCAAUACACCAUUCUUCUUCGAGAAGAUCAUGAACCCGAAAGACAAGAAAAAUGCCUUGAGUGAUCUUGAGAUGCAACAAGAGGCAGUGGAACUUAUGAUCACGGGAACAGAGACCACUUCAAAUACUCUAACGUACCUGCUAUGGUCAGUGUUGAAAGAUCCUAAUAUUCGAAUUAUGCUUGAGACGGAAGUUGCUACACUACCUGCAGCUUACGAAAAUGCCGAUCUUGUCAAGCUCCCAUUCCUUAAUGCCGUGGUCAAAGAAGCUUUAAGAUUGUACGGAGCUGCGUCUGGUUCUCAUGAAAGGGAGGUUCCACCAGGUGGCUGGGAGACUUGUGGCCACCUUAUCCCAGAUACCGCCACAGUCUUUACCCAAGCAUUCUCACUACACCGUAUCCCUGACAUAUUCAUCAACCCAUACAAGUACGAGAAAAAAACCUAA